AUGACAGCCCCAUUCACCCCCGACAGCGCGGCUCCCGAGCCCUCCACCCCAAACAGCGCCAUCUCCAUCACAGCCCUCGCCCGCUUCGAGUUCGAAGCCGGUAAAGCCAACGACGGGACUAAGAUCCUCAUGGUCGAAUGGGAAGACAGGAGGGCGGGGUCAUGGCAUGUGUUCUGGGAAGGGAAGAAGGCUGUCUUGCCGGCCGACGAGCAGACGAGUGAGAGCACGAGGAGGUUUUAUUUCUUGUUGCCGCCGGAUGUGACGAUUCCGCCGGUUGUUACGCUCAAAUAUCAUCACCCAGCUUCGGGUCAGAUGACAAAAGAAAACGGGGCGGAUACAGGGGCGGAACAGAAACCGAACACCAUCCAGCUAAACCCGCUGCCUGCGAUUUUUCCGCCCGAACUAGGGGUCACCGGUCGGUCGGCUGGAAAAAAGGGCGUGUUGCAUACGAUAUGGGCGAAGAAGAGGCUGCAGGUUCUUGAGAAGGAGAUCCGGGAGGAAUGUUUGAAUAAUGCGGAGGGGAUCGCGCUGCAUAUGGCUGUGCAGGAGAAGGAGUGGAUUGAGACGCAUUUUGGAUUGGGUCCUAAUGCGGAUACUAGCGAUGCCAACAAUGGAGGCCAUGACCACGGGAGGAAUUACCCCAUGGGUCCGACGACGCCGGUGUCGCCAGGUGGGAGUGGGAAGUUGGGGGAGAAGCUUAAGGGGUUGAAGUUGCAGACUAGUGAGCAGGGGUUGUCCCCGAGGGAGGGAUCUGCUGCUCGUCUCCUCUCGCCUCAAUCUCCAGAUGUCGCCGUUUCGUCCUUUAAUUCCUUCCAUAGCAUCCACAAUCCCAAUCCGCCUGCCGUGAAAGCAGUGGCACCGCCAGAGUCGAUUCAGGCGCAACAACAUGCCAACAAUGGCAGUAGUGGAUUCGCGUCUAUGAACUCGCUGGCAGGGCCGUCCAACCCAGACCCUGGCGAGGAGUUAUUCGCAAAGGCCCUGAGUCCGCGAUCGCCAGAUCUACCCCGGAGUCCAUUCUCAUUUGCGCCGGAGACUUUGCAUAUGUGA